AUGCAUAACCAAUCGUCGUCCUCGCCUUCGGGUCUGAAAAAGCACGACCCCGCUGCAGCGUCGCGUGAAGGCUACAGCUCCCACGAGAUCGAUUCUGAGUUUGCUCCCGCCUGGAAUGGCACGGAUACCGGCAGCGCUGACGGCGCCAUCGACCCCGAUUCAGGCGUAAAACGCGGCCUCAAAAAUCGUCAUCUCUCCAUGAUGGCUCUCGCCGGCAUCAUCGGCCCUGGCCUUCUCGUGGGUGCAGGUGGUGCGCUCAACAGCGGUGGACCUGCAUCGCUACUUAUUGGAUUUGGCGUAAUUGGUUUAAUUGCCUUUGCUAUUAUGCAGUCCCUCGGCGAGCUGACUACCCUCUACCCCGGUGGUGGCUCAUUUGUCUCCCUCGCUGAGCGCCUUGUCGACAAGUCCUUUUCUACCGCCGUAGGCUGGAAUUACUUUAUCAUCUGGGCCGCCGUCCUCGCCAACGAAUACAACGUCAUUUGCAGUAUCCUGGUAUACUGGGCGCCAAAGGUUCCACUCUGGGGCUUUUUUCUGAUUUUCUGGACCGUUUUUCUUGGCUUCCAGCUCCUCGGCAUAGAAGCCUUUGGUGAAGCUGAGUUCUGGCUGGCCCUCUUCAAGCUGCUCGGCCUGACCGCUUAUUUUAUAUUCUCUAUCAUCUAUGCUUCUGGUGGGCUCGUUGGCCAGAAGUCUGCGCUAGGUUUCCACUACUGGCACGAUCCAGGCCCCUUUAAUGGUAAUGGCUUCCGUGGCGUCGCCAAGGUCUUCAUUUUUUGCUCUACCUUUUACGCCGGUGUAGAGUCCGUGGCUGUUGCCGCUACCGAAACGAGAAAUCCCGGCACUGCAGUGCCCCAAGCCAUCAGACAGGUGUUUUGGCGCAUCAUCUUUGUCUACAUGGGUUCUGCCUUCUUCUUUGGGCUUACCUGCCCUGCCAACGCAGAAGGUCUAGUCGGUGGCGGCGCAAAGGCGCUGCAAAGCCCUAUGACGAUUGCCAUCCAGACCGCUGGAUGGGAGGGCGGCGUCCAUUUGAUCAAUGCCUUCAUUCUAAUUACUUGCAUAUCCGCGAUCAAUUCCUCCAUUUAUAUUGGCUCAAGAACUAUUCUAUAUAUGGCCCAGUCCGGUAAGGCCCCACGGAUCCUCGGCAAGGUCAACAAGAUGGGUGUCCCCGUCGCGGCUAUUCUUCUUACCAAUGCAGUCGGCGCCAUUUCAAUGAUGAAUAUAUCGACCGGAGCUGCCAAGGCCUAUUCAUAUAUUGUUAACCUUUCCGGCCGAGACCUGGGCGAGCUUCCCUUCAAGAGCAUGAGCUAUCCCUUUGUCGCCUACUUUGGGGUUGCAGCCAACAUUUUUCUUGCUCUUGUCCAGGGUUGGACGACUUUUUCACCAUUUUCUGCCGGCGACUUUGUCGAUGCAUACAUUCUGCUGCCAUUGUUUGGGAUCAUUUAUGCUAUUGCCAAACUAGUAUGGAGAAACGACAACUUUAAGAGGAGCUGGGAAAUUGACCUUGACAGUGGCCGCCGAGUCGACAUGGACACCAAGGAUGCGACCAAGCACCAGGAAGGUCCAAGACCGCCUUUUUGGCGAAGAGCAUGGGAUUUUUUUUAG